AAGAAAGAUCACUAAAAUCACCCCGGCAUGACCCUAACUCGAGCUAGAUACAUAAUAUGGGUAAAUGUGUAUAAUCAGAUUAUCUUUUAAAAAGUUCCCAUCAAAACAGGGUACAUUUUGUGUUACAUAGCAGUUGAUUUAGCGCCUUGAGUAUGGGGUGACUGUUAAAUUUGAUUGAAAUACUUUUUUGGUUAUCAGAUUGAAGUUAUUUCUUUUUCUUUUUUUUUAAUCGCUAGAUUUUCCAGAAAUCAAAUUAUUCCAACAUAAAUCACACAAUGGUCUCUAAUAAUACCUCUGAAGUGAAAAAUAUUGUAUUUAUCGGUGCAUCUUGUGGAGCACUGGGUGCUUGUCUCUCCUGGAACGCUGAUCAUGUUGAAAACUACCGCAUUAUCUUGAUUGAAGAAAAGACCCAUUUCAACCAUGUGUUUGCCUUUCCUCGUGCAUCUGUGGUAUCUGGUUUCGAAAAAGAGCUGUUUGUGCCUUACGAUCAAAUGUUUAAAGGAGACGAAUCUGUUGGUAAAGUCGUUCAUGCUCGUGCCACAAGCAUCCAUCAAAAUCAUGUCGUUAUUGACCGAGAGGUGCCUGAAUUCGGCACCAAGAUUGAUUUUGCCUAUCUCGUUUACGUUGCUGGUACCAAAAUUCCCAUUCCCGGUCGCUUGACUGUCAACACAAAGGCUGAAGGUAUCGCAGCCCUUAAAAGUUAUCAAGAAAUUAUCCGUGAGGCCGAACGUCCCAUUAUUAUUGGCGCUGGUGCCGUUGGAUUAGAAUUGGCUGCUGAAAUUAAGGAACACUAUCCUGAAAAGACAGUAACUUUAUUACAUUCCCGUAACAGAUACUUGCCCAGAUAUAAAGUGAGCAUGGAUGUGAUGACCUACAACAUUCUCAAGAAGGUUGGUGUCAAGCAAGUCUUGGGUGAUCGUGUUAUUCUGCCUCCUGGUGGAUUUCCUUUGAAAGUUAAUCCUAUUGAAGUCCAUACCAAGGGUGGAAAAAUCAUUCAUGGCGAUCUUGCCAUCAUGUGUAUUGGUAUGACACCUAAUAGCGGUAUGCUUGCAGAACUCGCACCCGAUGCUAUUAAUAAAGAAACCGGUUUUGUCAAGGUCAAACCAACAAUGCAAAUUCAAGAUGAUAGAUUCCCACAUAUAUUUGCUGCCGGUGAUGUCACAGACCAUACAGAUGUCAAGACAGGUCAUUAUGCCUGGAUGCAAGGUUAUGCCGCUUUUGAAAAUAUCAGAAAGAUGAUUGCUGGUGCCACGCAGGAAGAAUUAGAGCCAUACAAGAGUAAAGAUCUUGCUCUGAUCAAGAUGAUUCUCGGAAAGAAAGAAGCCGUGAUGCAGACGCAUAUGCUUGGUCCUUUAGUCACAGUGGGUUCAUGGAUUGCUGCACGCUCUAUUCCUGAAAAUGUAUACGCCACCAGCUCAUGGGGUUGGUUAAAUGUUCCUUUUGAUGAAGAACAUACCCACUUGUAAAUCCACCAUCGUUUCUUCCUCUAACCCUUGCAAU